AUGAGCAAACAUUUCGCCGCCACGUUGCACACAUCGCGACGUUUGUCGACACGAGCGCGAUGGAGACCUUUUUACAUCUGCAGCCGCUAUCUAAGUACCACUUCUGAACCUGCUCUUUUCCGUCAACUUGAGGAUGGCACAGAACAACCAAUCACAGAGGAUGACUUAUUCAGAUAUCAACGGCAUCGUUGGUUACGCAACGAUGCAAAAGAGCAGGAUGUACGGUAUCGACCAUUCAAUCUUCCGGCAUUGAUAGAGCGGGCUCUCAAUGCAAAGAGGGAACGUGUUGAUGGCCUAAAAUGCGUCAAAAUACUCAAACUUCUAGAAGGCGAUCACAACAAAGUUCUUCUUUUAACAAUGAGUAAUGGAGACGAGCUAAUCGCAAGAUUACCAAAUCCAAAUGCUGGCGGUAAUUACUUUACCGUGGCUUCAGAGAUAGCCACUCGGCGAUUUGUGCAAAGUAUCUGUGAUGUUCCAUCGCCUACGGUCUGGGACUGGGAUUUCCGCUACCGUAAUACCGUCGGGGCAGAAUGGAUUAUCGAAGCAAAAGCCGCUGGAGAACCGCUCCGCAAACACUGGUUCAGCCUGAGUCGCCGAGCCCAGUUAGGUAUCAUCGAUCAAGUGGCCGAAAUAGAGGGCAAAUUGGCGUCCCUCAAGUUCUCGAGUCACGGCAGUAUCUACAUGGCACGCUGGCUAGCGAGAAAACGUUUGUUUUGUACGAAAAUGACUUCGCCUAACACCAUGCUGAACAAAUAUGAUGCAUUGGCAGUGCAACCCGAGCAAUUAUACAGACAAUAUGCCAUUGGGCCUUCAACAGAUCGGAGACUCUAUCGAGGCCCUGGGGAUCUAUCGAAACAAUUCCGGGGUCCUUUCACCGAUCUUCUCCACUAUGCUAAAGCUUUGUCACGAAAUGAGCGAAGAUACUUGCUAAACAAUCCUUGGGCGAAAGAGAACCAUAUUACAUCAACGAAACAUCAGCAAGACCCUUCUGAGUACUUGGAACUUAUCUUCAAAUACGAUGCUUUGCAGCGGCGGAUGAUCCAGCCGGAAUUCAACAACGACCCAUGUACACUUUCCCACCCGAACCUCAGCCUGGAUAAUAUAUUUAUCGAUGCGACGACGACAAAGAUUGUCUGCUUGACAGGAUGGCAAUCUGCCGUGGUAGCCCCGCCAUUACUGAAACGCCCAUACCCCACGUUCCUCGAUUCUGAAUUCCAAACACAAUCGGAGGAUAGAAGUCAGCCUUUGCCGAAAGAACGGUAUCGUGAGCUUGUCAGGGAAUCGGAUCCUCUUCGCUACAAACGCAUAUUCAGCAACCCACGAGAGUACGAAGUACUGAUAGGCCCAAUGUCUAGUAUAUUCGGAGCAUGGGACAAUCACGGCAUAUUCUCUCUACGUGAAUCUCUUGUUUCUGCACACAAGUCGGAACGGAUUAAUAUCAUCAAGUCCUUACAGGAAUCAGAACAGCUCAAUCCUCAAGAAUUAAGAAACCACGCCAAAGAAAAGUACGCAAGGCAAGAGCUUGGUCUACUCUUCAAUAUGACCCAAAACGUCCAGGAAACUGGCCAAAUACCCAUCGACGGCCGCGUCCCGACCGAGGCGUUUGAGCGCGCACAAGAAUUGAGCGAGAGAUAUCGGCAGCAGUAUAUCAAUCUUGCGGCAGGCAAUAAAGGUCGUAUGGCCUUGCAUGGGAAGACAUGGCCGUUUGAUUCUGCAGCUGAAGGAGAUGUGGAAAAGGGGGCCUCCGUUUCAGACACCUAUUCGGGAGUUUUUUUCCCAGUGAGAAAACAUCCCAGUACUAGUAAACGUGAUUUUAUCCGACGGGUUUAUGUGGACUAG